UGCAAGGAAGACACAAGCAAUAUUUGCAUAUUGAUGAAUCGCCAAAUUCUGAAGCUAGUCCCAAGCAGGUGGGUAAACAAUCUCAGAAGUCUUCUCUGGCCCUCAAACUUCUCCACAUCUGCAGUUUAUGCAGCGUGCACCCGUGGAGGUAAUUCUUUGGCUUUCUGGACCUGAAAGAAGCCAAGCUCUUGAAAAUGUGAAUCAACAGGAUUAUUUAGGGGCGUGGAACUGGAAUGCACUCCUAGACACUGGAUUUUGCUGCAGAAAAGAUACUCUUGCUCCCCACCCCCUCCUUUCUUUUUGACAGUCAGUUAAUAAAGACUCAACAAUAAGCAGCUGCCAGUGAUGUCAUUUGGGACUUUGUCCACGGAGCUUGUAUUUACAAGCUCGGAGCCACUACGGAGCCGCAGCCGGGAGCAGCGCGAGUCUCUGCGCACUCGCCGCUGGGAUUCGGAUUCGGAUUCGGAUUCGGAUUCGCCGCGGGACUUCGGAGCCGCUCGCUCUGAUCCUCGGGAACGCGGUCUCUGAGCGGCAGUCUGCAUGAUUCAAAAACAAACAGAGGAUAACCGCGGGACAAGGCUUUUCAGCGUCAGAGAGUUGUCGAGUUGUGGCAGCUCCCCGUCUGUCUCCACGGUGUGAUCGGUGUUUACUGAGGCGCUCGCUGCAAUGACCCUGAAAAGAGACGAGGGAUUCUUAUAAAUCACAAAGGAAAAUAAAUAGCUUCACUCAUGGAGGGGAAGAGACAGCUGGAGAAAAGAGACUUCGGGAAAAGGCUGUCUCUGGACAGCAGUCUUGUGGAGUACAUGGACUCUAAUAAAUACAUUGAGCAUUUGCUAACUCAACUGGAGGAGCAGCACAGAAGCCUCUGGAGGGAGAAGCUGGCUGUGGCCCGACUGCAGCGGGAAGUUGCCCAAAGAACAAGCGAGGGGGCAGUGCAUGAGAAGCUGAUACAUGAGUUGGAAGAGGAGAGACAUUUGCGUCUUCAAAGUGAAAAGCGGUUGCGGGAGGUGACCCUUGAGUCCGAGUGCAACAGAGCUCAGAUGCGAGGCCUGCAGCAGCAGUUCUCCAGGAUGGAAGAAACGGUGCGAAAUCUAUUGCAGAGUCAAGGGCCUCCAGAGCAGAACAAAGAAGAAACUGUUGCUAUGCUGGUCUAUCAGGAAAAACGGUCAGAGGAGAGAAAGCACAGGGAACCUCUGGACGAUCUCCACACGGUGGUGGAUGAGGAUUCAAGGAGUGAGAGCAGCAGUACAGACGAGGGAAAAGAGAAAACCAGAUUGCUCUUAGAAAGAUUGAAGGCUCUAGAGGCAGAGAAUUCAGCAUUGGCUUUGGAAAAUGAAAAUCAAAGAGAGCAGUAUGAGAGAUGUCUUGACGAGGUAGCCAAUCAAGUUGUUCAAGCUCUCCUCACUCAAAAGGAUCUAAGGGAGGAAUGUGUAAAGCUGAAAAUAAGAGUGUUUGAUUUGGAACAACAGAACCGAACACUAAGCAUCCUAUUCCAACAGCGAGUCAGACCGACUUCUGAUCUGCUCCUCCAGGAACCGCAAAUGAAUGCAAAAUCAGGAAACCCUGCCUUGAGAUGCCCCGGGCUGGGGCUUGUUGUUCCUGGUCAUCUCUGUCCUCGAAGCAGCUACAGCAGCAGUGAACUGUCUCUUUCUAGCACCUGCAGUGAGUACUCCAGCGGCUCCUCCUACACAUGGCAUGAUGGGAAGAACCUCAGGAAAAGGCAACCAUCACAAAACUGGGAUGAAAGACGAAGCAUCGAUUCUUCGCUCCCGAGUGGCUUUGCUAGUCCUGCAGACCAACUACCUCCGACUCGGAUCAAGGAAAGCCACAUUUUGGAAGGGCUGAGAAAGCUCCAGAAGCGAAAAGUGUUACUUGAACCCUCUUCCGUGAUAACCAAAUGGGGUUAUAAAGAUUGCAUGAACUCGAAUGAAGGGAUAUAUUCUCCAGGAAUCAAGAGCAUCAGUGUCAAGGACUGUCCAUCCUGCAGACCGCCGGGUGUGGAGAGCCCCUGCCAGGAGCCCCACAAGGCAUUUGUUUAUGACGCAGCUUCCCCUGAGGACGCCGAUGCUGGCUCCUCUUCGCUAGCACUCCUGCAAGCAGUUCCAAACCUGGGCUGCAGGCUGCAUGGCAGUAAGUUAACCCACAGUGUUUCUGACAGCCUCUUUUGCUGGGAGCUGAGGGGAAAACACUUUGCAGGAGGCACAUCUUCUGUUUAUCCCAGGGAAAGGCCUGAAAAGUUGACUCAUGCCAGCCACUGCCCCUUGGAGAGGAAGCUGUGCCCACGAGUGCAGGUGCCACUGCCACAGCGGGACAGAGAUCCUCACAGCCAAGGCCAUGACCACACAAUCCUCAACCUCCAGUUUUCAGACAUGGAUGAGAACGAGAUCCUCGAUGACCUGCACAUAGAGAGUAGCGAUGACAAAAGCCCUUCAGAAUUGUCCUUGACAGCUGACACGGACAAGUCCACAGAGAACCUGGAUGUCCUCCUGGGAUUUGAGAAACCUGAACGUGAGUCUCCUGAUGAAGAGGAAAAACGGGUCCCCACCCAGUUAGAAGCUAGGCCAAAGACAUUUAAUUUCAUUAAGCAGCAAAGGGCCAUAAAAAGGACUUCUUCAGAAGAAUGUAUCAGUGUAAUAUUUGAUGCAGAAGACGGUGAGCCCUUUGAAUUCAGCUCACAUCAGACUGGAGUUGCUACUGUUACCAGAAAUGAAAUUCCCACUAACACAGCCCCUGAUGGACCCACAGCAGAACACACUGAAUUUUUACCUCAGGGAACUGCUUAUUUACAUCCUGGAAAUGCUCCAAGAGACUGUCCAUUCUUAAAGAGAUCUGAAGAAGGAACUGAGAAAAACAUUCCAACAGGUGGCAUAGACUCCAUUUCUUCAUCCCCCACGGACCCAUUCAGUGCUGGAACAGUAAUGCAAAAUGCCCCUCACCCAAAGCUGGCUAAAGCAACAUCCAGUGUGUCGUGCCACAGUAACUCAAGCUCCGUGGCAUCCAUGAGCAUCUGCCAAAAGCAAAACCUGAAAAAAAUACCUGCCAGGGGCAAGUCUUCACCUCAGAAGUCAAAAUUAACAGAGUCUGAAGGCUCCACACUCAUCCCUUCAUGUGGCCCAGUGACUCUUAAAAAAUCACCAGCCUUACCUCCUGAGAAACUUGCACGGUUCAUGAAGAUUGAGAGAGCAGGGCCCAUCGGUGAUGUGCCACCAGAUUCACACAUUCCAACACUCCCCACUCAAACUUCUUGUGGCCCCAGAAUGUCCAGCCGGAGGGACUGGGCUCAGCACCCCAAGAGUCAGAUGCCAGGGCCAAGAUCAAGGCCACUUAUUGAGCUUUGUGACAGUGGAGAGCCCCCCACAAGGGAUAAACACUGUGUGUCUGAGCCAGAGGCAGGGGUGACAUCUCCUUCCCCACCGCCCCCUCCAGGCAGGUCAGUCUCCCUGCUGCUCAGACCCCAUUAUGACUCUCCAUCACCACUUGCCUCUGCCAAGCCUGAAACCAGGCUGCCUGGCGACACAACGAGAACAGCCUGCAAAUCUCCCCUGCUGAAAGGAGCCCCUGCACCCGUAGCUUCUCACCAGGCCACAACAGAAGUGCAGAAGAAGAAACCUUCCAUAGCCUUGAAAAAGCCUGUUUUCCCUCACAUCCUGCCUUCCUCAGAGACAGCGAUCCACCCUGGGUGCUCUGUUCAUGCCCCCUCCAGCUCAUUUGCCCUGGUGACUCCAGGGGCUCCAAAGGUCUCUCCAAAGAGAGGUGUUCCCAAAACCUCUCCUCACCAAACGCUUGGGACCACACACAUGGACACAGGGUUACGGGUGCCUAAGUCUUGUCCUUCUACCCAUGAGUCACUGGAGGUACUGCCCUCAAAGAGUGCAUCUCCGGGAAGAAGACAAGUGAACGACAGCAUCCAUGCCUCCGCCAAGCCCUUCUUCUUAGGGGCAAAUGAUUCACCACCAUCUCAGGUCAGCAGUUCCACGUCCUCCUCCUCUUCCCCCAAAAGCCAUAGCACCCAGCAUGGUUGUCAAAAUGCUCGUGAGAAAGGACUGAAAACUCGCCUCCCAGUGGGGCUCAAAGUUCUCAUGAAGUCUCCCCAGUUGCUCAGGAAAAGUUCCACAGUGCCAGGGAAACAUGAAAAGGAUAGUUUAAAUGAAGCCUCUAAAAGCUCUGUAGCAGCAAGCAGAUCUAAGCUUGAGGACUCCGGGCAUCCGGCAAAACUGGGAGCCACUGGGUGUGAACAAAACACCCCUAUACCAGAUUUACACACACCAGACAGAUUAGCUGAAGGACUUCCCCUGGAAACAAUGCUGCCAGAGUCACUGGAAAAUGGCAUCCCUGGGGCUGAUGGAAGAGACAGGCUAGAAAACAGAUCAGUGAAGAGAUCCCUUUCCUCUAGCAAGCCACAUCUAAAGCCAGCCCUAGGCAUGAAUGGCGCCAAAGCCCGAAGCCAGAGCUUCAGUGCUCACCCAGGAGACAAGCCCUCUCCACCCUCUGCAGAAGGGCCAGGCAAAAUCCGAACUCAGAUUAUUACCAACACAGCAGAGAGAGGCAACUCUCUUACUCGGCAGAACACCUCCACAGAGGGCUCCCCAAACAACACCCGUUCUACCCUCACAUCUGAGCAUCUCCUCUGUGCUGGCCAUACUUUUUUCAGGCAGGGCUCCGUGGGGAGCACAGGCAGCACCAGCAGCCAGCAUGGGAGCCCAAGCAAGCUACCUUUGAGAAUCCCCCUAAGGUCUGAAGGACUUCACAACCAGCCUGGAACAGAAGACUCCCAGGUUUACACAAGAGGAGACAGUGCUAGUGUGGCUAUACCUGAGCAAGGAGGCGGUGACUGCUGCAGGUGCCCACCCACUCCAACAGACUAUCUGCUAGUGCCUCAGGCCCCAGGAAGGACAGUACAUCCAAGCAGUUUAGAAACAAGCAGGACUUCCAAGCUGGAAAUUUCUGGAAGAUAUCCAGAUGUCUAUACAACUAAGACUAGUGCUAUAAGCCCAGAAGCCCCCCUCUCACCCACAAUCGAAGAAAAGGUCAUGUUGUGCAUUCAAGAAAAUGUGGAAAAGGGCCAAGUGCAAACAAAGUCCAGCUCUGUGGAAGCAAAGCCUAAGCCAGGGCCUUCUUUUGCCAGCUGGUUUGGUUUUCGAAAGAGUAGACUUCCCGCUCUCAGUAGCAGGAAAAUGGACUUCUCCAAAACCAAGGUGGAAAGGAAAGAUGUGAAAGUCUUGGGGUUUGGAAACAAACAACUAAAAUCAGAAAGAAAGAAAGAGAAAAGGAAGCCUGAACUGCAAUGUGUGAUAGAAAAUGAGUUUCACAGGGGUAACAGGUUGGCAGAAAGUCCUGACAGUGGAUUACAAAACAAAACUCAUCUGAAACCAUCACAAGAUGUGUGCAGCCACAUGAACUUUGAACCAAGAAACAGACCCAGCCCUGUUCCGUGUUCAACAAAAGACACCUUCAUGACAGAACUUCUGAACAGAGUUGACAAGAAAGGAACUCAACAGACAGAAAGUGGAUCAAAUAGUGUUUCCUGCAGGAACGUGUUAAAGGCCGAUUCCCAGGGCUCCUGUCUCAGUGGCAGCUCUAUCAGCACUCAAGGAAGCCACAAGAAAAGCAUCAAAACCAAAGUGGAUAUGGAAAUUGCCAGAGACUCCCUGGGAAAAGAAGCAGAGGAAAACAUACAAGAGGAUGAAGAAGAUACAAUUGCAGAUUCUGCAUUUCAGAGCCAUGUCGUAGAAUCAAGCUGCCAGAUGAGGACCUUGGACAGCGGCAUCGGAACCUUCCCACUCCCAGACUCAGGAAAUCGUGUGACAGGACGGUACAUCUGCCAGCCAGACUGCUCCGAGGAGACUGAGCCCCUCCUGUCUCUCCAGCAAGUCCCUUGCGUAGCCUCCUCCACCAGAGCCCAAGCCCUAAACCAAGAAGUGCCUUCCUCCACGGAGAGCCAGCUCACUACUCAGGCAGCCAUUGUUCACUCCACGUCUGAGCCCAUCAUGUUGGCCCGGGGAACGCGACCGCCUCAGAGCCGCCUUCCCAAGCCAGUCUCCUCAGGAAAAACCAGUUUCCAAAAGCAGAACGAAGCAGAGCUGAGGCCUCAGACGUGCUCAUCAUUUGAAUAUGCUGAAGGCAAACCGCUUCCAGCCUGGGGCAGUGAAGAUCCUGCCACAGAGACCCAGAAAUUGAAACAAGUUGAAGAAACAAAAGAAGAUCCUGAGAAUAGAUUAUCUAAAAUUUCCCUUGAGUCGUUCAAUAAAUUUAACAGCAAUAGUGUGAUUUUAUUAGAAAAAGAGAACUCCCUGAGCAAGGUUGAAGGACAAAAGGAAGAAAGAGAAAAAAAUGAAGAGGCAUCUUUAAGUAGCUCGGAUAGGCCUGCGGUUGAUAAUUUGGAAUCUUUGAGCGAUUCUUUAUAUGACAGCUUUUCUUCUUGUGCAAGCCAAGGUUCAAAUGAUGUAUAAAGGACUUUAUACCCCCCUAGAGCUGGAAAAAGAGUGCUUGAAAAUGGAAAGCGGGGUGGGGGCAGCAGAGACACAGCUGUUAGCCACAAAGGGGCCACAACACCAGUGCCUACCUUGGGGAGCUCAUAGCAGGCAGCCCGCCAGGGCUUAUUUCUCUGACAGGGCAAUAAAGAUCGAAUCCACUGUUGUGUUUCAAAUUCCCAUCAACAUUAAAUAUGAUACAGAAUUCUUAAUUUUGCACUUUUAAAAAUACCUGUACAGAAGUUGUAAAUUUUUUUGGAAGAGAAAUUAUAUUUGUAGGGAGGGAAAAGAUAGCAAUAAAAGGAAUCUGCGCCAUGCUCUUGAAAUGCUGUACUAAGUCUUAGAAGUUGAUGAUAAUAUAUAUUUUUUAAAAUCCCAGCUAUAGAUUUUGUGAAGUUCACAGUCCUAGUCCUCACCGUAUUUGUGGGCACACUCUGGAACCUAAAACACGGCCUGCGGAAAACCCAGACGACCAUGGUCAUCUCUGUCUCAUGAUCUCAUUUUGAUAGAUGUUUUUAAUUCCAAUGCAAUUCACAAGUUUUGCCCAAGAAAUUCAAGUUUUAGUAAUAAUCCUGCUUUUGUUGGAAAAUGAAGUGUGGACGCUAGGAAAUGUGACCCCAUGUCCAGAAGCCUACUUCCAGUAGGUUUUUCCCUCUAAGUGUUUCCUCACAUCCUCUUCUACUUAGGGAUUCUCUAUGCCUCUCCUUAUUAUGUCAAUUUGCAUCUUCCUACUUUUUAAAAUUACAAUCUGGGUGCUCUAGAAAUGAAAACAAAUUCCUUUUGGUAUGUUCACU